GGCAGCGGCUGGGGGCUCCAUCCCACGCAGAGGACGGGGCCCCUGCAGCCCCUUACCCCAGUCCCAAACGGCUGAAGCCUCCAGGGGCUACCAGAGCAGGUGUGGGCCGGGAGACCUCUCCUGCCCUCCCAGGUUGCAGGGGUGGCAGGUGCUGUGAGCAGGGUACUGGAUGAGGUGGUGCUGUUGGACACAGACGCACAGAGGGCAGGGACGAAGCCUGCAGCGGGCCUGGGCCCUGGGAUUGUAUUUCUGGACUCCAGCUGUCUUUGGAUCUGACCUCUUCAUUUUGCAGGAUGGACCCCUUCGCGGACACGCUGCAGCGGUUGCGGGAGGCCUUCAGCUCGGGGCGCACGCGGCCGGCCGAGUUCCGGGCUGCCCAGCUGAAGGGCCUGAGCCGCUUCCUGCAAGAGAACAAGCAGCUUCUGCAGGAGGCGCUGGCGCAGGACCUGCACAAGUCUGCCUUCGAGUCAGAGGUGUCUGAAAUCAGCAUCAGCCAGAACGAGAUUAACUCGGCCCUUAGGAACCUGCGGGCCUGGAUGAAGGAUGAGAAAGUGCCCAAGAACCUGGCCACGCAGCUGGACUCGGCCUUCAUCCGGAAGGAGCCCUUCGGCCUGGUGCUCAUCAUCGCCCCCUGGAACUACCCUCUGAACCUGAGCCUAGAGCCCCUGGUGGGCGCCCUCGCAGCAGGGAACUGCGUGCUGCUGAAGCCCUCGGAGAUCAGCAAGAGCACUGAGAAGGUCCUGGCCGAGGUGCUGCCCCGAUACCUGGACCAGAGCUGCUUCGCCGUAGUGCUGGGCGGGCCCCAGGAGACCGGGCAGCUACUGGAGCACAAGUUCGACUACAUCUUCUUCACAGGGAGCCCCCGAGUCGGGAAGAUCGUCAUGGCUGCUGCCGCCAAGCACCUGACGCCCGUCACGCUGGAGCUGGGGGGCAAGAACCCCUGCUACGUGGACGACAACUGCGACCCCCAGACCGUGGCCAACCGCGUGGCCUUCUUCCGCUAUUUCAACUCCGGCCAGACCUGCGUGGCCCCCGACUAUAUCCUGUGCAGCCCCGAAAUGCAGGCUCGACUGCUGCCCGCCCUGCAGAGUGCCAUCACCCGUUUCUAUGGCGAAGACCCCCAGAGCUCCCCAGACCUGGGCCGCAUCAUCAGUGAGAAGAAUUUCCAGCGGCUCCGGGGCCUGCUGAGCUGUGGCCGAGUGGCCAUCGGGGGCCAGAGUGAUGAAAGCGAUCGCUACAUCGCUCCCACGGUGCUAGUGGACGUGCAGGAGACAGAGCCGGUGAUGCGGGAGGAGAUCUUCGGGCCCAUCCUGCCCAUCAUGAACGUGGGGAGCCUGGACGAGGCCAUCGACUUCAUCAACCGUCGGGAGAAGCCCCUGGCCCUGUACACCUUCUCCAACAGCAACCAGGUGGUCAAGCGGGUACUGGCCCAGACCAGCAGUGGGGGCUUCUGUGGGAACGACGGCUUCAUGCACAUGACUGUCGCCAGCCUGCCUUUCGGAGGAGUGGGCGCCAGUGGGAUGGGCAGCUACCACGGCAAGUUCUCCUUCGACACCUUCUCCCACCACCGCGCCUGCCUGCUGCGCCGCCCUGGGCUGGAGAAGGUCUACGCUCUCCGCUACCCGCCCCACACUCCCCGCAACCUGAGUGUGCUGCUCAUGGCGAUGGAGACCCGCAGCUGCAGCUGCGCCCUGCUCUGAGCCAACCCACGCACAGGGGCUCCGAGCAUCCCUCCCAGCUCAUGUCUACGCGUCCUCCGCUGCCGUGGCCACCUGAGGCUGGUGGAGACACGACCUGGGGUCCACGACACAGGAGGAAAACACCUGCCGGGGCCACGGCCCAGACCAGUGCUUGCCCUCCUCCCUCCUGGGGCUUCUCUUUUCAGGCCCUAAGCUGCCCCCCAGCCAGGAUGGGCCAAGGUUUGGGAGCAUGGGAAACAGUGCAGUAACCUGCCCUCCCGCUCCCACGCUGGCCACCUGUGUUCCGGGAGACGAGGGCAGAUGUGGGCACCUCUCAGGACCCCCCUUUCUGUGGAGGGUGCAGAAGGGGUCCUGGCAUCUAGUCCUUGACACACUGCGGGCCUGCUGUGACCUGGGUCGUCCCUGCCCUCUCUGAGCCUGGUUCCCUAUCUGUUGCACAGAGGAGGUGAUUAACACCUCCUGAGAUCACCGUGAGGAUUAAAUUUUGGAGCUUAAUUGCCGACUC